GGCGGAGAGGGCGGGUCCAGGGUAAAGAAAGCUUUUACUUCGCGUGGGACCAACUGAGCAUUCUUGCUGGGGAAGACGGGACAGGGAGAAAAAAUAUAGGGCACAGGGAGAGGCUCCAGGAAGUAAGUCACCUGCCCCAGGACACGCUGCCAAUCCGGAAACAGCAUGUACACACCCAUCUCCCAGAGCGGUUCUCCAUUCUCGGCAUCAGUGCAGGACCCCGGCCUGCACGUGUGGCGGGUGGAGAAGCUGAAGCCGGUGCCGGUGGCCCGAGAGAACCAGGGCGUUUUCUUCUCCGGGGACUCCUACCUAGUGCUGCACAAUGGCCCGGAGGAGCUCUCCCACCUGCACCUGUGGAUAGGCCAGCAGUCCUCCCGGGAUGAGCAGGGCGCCUGCGCAGUGCUGGCCGUGCACCUCAACACCCUGCUGGGGGAGCGGCCCGUGCAGCACCGAGAGGUGCAGGGCAACGAGUCCGACCUCUUCAUGAGCUACUUCCCAAGGGGCCUCAAGUAUCAGGAAGGUGGCGUGGAGUCAGCAUUUCACAAGACCUCAGCACAGGCCACCCCAGCUGCCAUCAGGAAGCUCUACCAGGUGAAGGGGAAGAAGAACAUCCGUGCCACCGAGCGCGCGCUGACCUGGGACAGCUUCAACACUGGGGACUGCUUCAUCCUGGACCUGGGCCAGAACAUCUUCACCUGGUGUGGCGGAAAGUCCAACAUCCUGGAGCGCAACAAGGCGAGGGACCUGGCCUUGGCCAUCCGAGACAGUGAGCGGCAGGGCAAGGCCCAGGUGGAGAUCGUCACGGACGGGGAGGAGCCCGCUGAGAUGAUCCAGGUCCUGGGCCCCAAGCCUGCCCUGAAGGAGGGCAACCCUGAGGAAGACCUCACAGCUGACCAGACUAAUGCCCAGGCUGCGGCUCUGUAUAAGGUCUCUGAUGCCACUGGACAGAUGAACCUGACCAAGGUGGCCGACUCUAGCCCCUUUGCCCUCGACUUGCUGAUACCUGAUGACUGCUUUGUGCUGGACAACGGGCUCUGUGGCAAGAUCUACAUCUGGAAGGGGCGAAAAGCUAAUGAGAAGGAGCGGCAGGCGGCCCUCCAGGUGGCCGAGGGCUUCAUCUCGCGCAUGCGGUAUGCCCCAAACACGCAGGUGGAGAUUCUGCCCCAGGGCCGCGAGAGUCCCAUCUUCAAGCAAUUCUUCAAGAACUGGAAGUGAGGGGCAUCUCACGGCGUCCGCCUGCUGCCUGGUCAGUGCCCAGGUGCCCCUGCAGAUGUUCAAUAAAGGAGACAAGUGCUUUCCCCCU